AUGGACAUCCAGGAUGUUGACGGCAAGACGGUUCCGCUCUUCUUCUAUACAGAGGGGCGCGGCAGAGAACUGGCGCCUUCACUGGUCCAAAAAGGGUACACCGUUGCGAUUCUCUAUGCACAGCACCACGCAUUCUUGUUUUCUAACCCGGGAAUCCGUCAUGAGAAGCCCUCGAAUAUCAAGAUAUUUCCACUAUCGCUCAACAAGCUGCUAUCGUUGAGCGAUGGGGUCCAAAAAUUCUCGGUCGAAUUCAACGGUACAAGAACAUGUCACGGCUGCGAUAAGAAGGCGGCCUCCUUGGAUAAGUGUGGCAGGUGCUCGCUUUUCUGGUACUGCAAUAAAGACUGUCAGAGCGUUGGCUGGAAUGAGAAAGGUCACAAGGCAGACUGCAAGCAUCUCAAGGAUGCGGAUUUGAAGGGAUUGUUUUCUCUCGACUGGGAUAAAUUUGAAGGCCAUGUUGGAUUUCCUUUGAAUACUACAAGGGCCUGGAAAAGGCCUGGCUAUGUCGGAGCGACCAAUCCGCUGUAA